AUGCGCGUUCUUUUCUUGUUCGCGUCUCUAGGCGUCGUUGCCGCUGAGAAUGGCUUGGACGGUUGGCUGCGAUAUGCACCACUAUCGUGUACUGGUCAAUGCCCAUCGAAGGUCCCCGCCAACAUUGUCGUCCUCAAUGCGACUGAGACGAGCCCCAUAUACGUCGCAGGCUCAGAGCUGCAGACAGGUUUGAAGAGCAUAUAUGAUGUUCACGCUCAAAUCACUCAUGGCCCAUGUAGGGCAUCCUCAUCCAUUGUGAUUGGUACCUUCGGGCAAUAUCGCGAAACCUGCGGAAGUUUGAGUGGAAUCCCUGAAUUGGAAGAGGAUGGUUUUUGGCUUAGCACCUGGGGUGACAAAGUCCAAAUUCUUGGCUCCAACGAUAGAGGCGCCUUAUACGGUGCUUUUGAGUAUCUAUCGAUGCUGGCACAAGGGAAUUUCUCCGAAGUCGCAUACGCCUCUAACCCUUCUGCCCCGAUUCGAUGGGUCAAUCAAUGGGAUAACAUGGAUGGACGUAUCGAGCGAGGGUACGGUGGUCCGUCGAUCUUCUUCAAAGACGGAGGUGUCGUCGAAGACCUCUCUCGUGUCAAGCAGUAUGGGCGUCUCCUAGCUUCUGUUCGGAUCAAUGCCGUGGUCGUCAACAACGUCAAUGCCAAUGCUACUCUCCUGACGCCUGAGAACCUCAAAGGACUGGGUCGAAUCGCUGACGCCUUCCGCCCAUAUGGAGUGAAGAUCGGGAUCUCACUCAACUUUGCGUCUCCUGAAACGCUUGGUGGACUCAACACCUACGAUCCUCUUGAUACGUCCGUUAUCAACUGGUGGUCAACCAUUACGGAACAACUCUACCAGAACGUGCCUGAUAUGGCUGGAUACCUUGUCAAGGCAGAUUCCGAAGGUGAACCAGGUCCUGCGGUGUACAAUCGUACCUUGUCUCAAGGAGCGAAUCUUUUUGCCAAGGCGUUGCAGCCGUAUGGGGGCAUAGUCAUGUUCCGUGCAUUUGUCUACAACCAGCUCAAUGAGUCGAACUGCCUCUUGACGGGGGAGUUUGAAGAGAAUGUGGUUGUCCAAAUUAAAUUCGGUCCAAUCGACUUCCAGGUCCGCGAACCUACCUCGCCUCUAUUCGCAAACUUGCUCAAUACAAACACCGCUAUUGAAUUAGAGGUGACACAAGAGUACCUCGGGCAACAAUCCCAUCUUGUGUAUCUUGCUCCUCUUUGGAAAACCGUUUUGGACUUUGACCUUCGUGUCGGCCACAAGGAAUCAUUGGUCCGUGAUAUCAUCACAGGCAAGCGCUUCGACCGAAAGCUUGGAGGAUCUGCAGCUGUCGUGAAUGUCGGCACCAAUACGACCUGGCUCGGUAGCCACUUGUCUAUGUCUAACCUCUAUGGAUACGGCCGCUUAGCAUGGAACGCAGCAGACGAUCCCGAAGCCAUCCUCCAAGACUGGAUUCGUCUGACAUUUGGCCUUGACCGCACCGUCCUCAACACUUUAACCCAAAUUUCCAUGGAAUCCUGGCCCGCUUACGAGAACUACAGCGGUAAUUUGGGCAUCCAGACAUUGACCGAUAUUUUGUACACUCAUUACGGCCCCAACCCUCAAUCACAGGACGGCAAUGGCUGGGGCCAAUGGACCCGUGCAGACUCCACGUCCAUUGGAAUGGACCGCACUGUCUCAAAUGGAACUGGAUUCUCAGGUCAAUAUCCAGACGAGAUCGCAGCUAUGUACGAAGACCUCAGCACCACUCCAGAUGAUCUGAUUCUCUGGUUCCACCAUGUCAACUACACACACCGUCUCCAUUCUGGCAAGACCGUCAUUCAGCAUUUCUAUGACGCGCACUACAGUGGUGCCGAAUCAGCACAAGGCUUCCUUACACAAUGGGAGUCGCUGAAAGGCAAAAUUGAUGAAGAGCGAUACAACCAUAUCCGUCAUCGUUUCGACUAUCAAACAGGCCACUCAAUCGUUUGGCGUGAUGCAAUCAAUAACUACUACCAUAAUCUCUCAGGAAUCUCAGAUUCCUCCAAGCGCGUUGGUCAUCAUCCAUGGCGCAUUGAAGCUGAGAACAUGAAGCUUGAUGGCUAUAAGGCCUACACUGUCAGCCCAUUUGAGACAGCGUCCGGUUCCAUCGCUAUCGUCACCGCUUCCAAUGAUACCGUGGGUACAGCUACCACUAAGGUUGACUUCCCCUCCGGAACUUACGAUCUUGCUUUGAAUUAUUAUGAUCUGUACGGAGGUAAAUCUCACUGGAAAGUCCUCUUGAAUGGUCAUCCGAUCGGUGAGUGGGAUGGUAAUAGUGAGGAUACCCUCAGUCAUACGCCUUCCAUCUACUUGGAUGGGCAUUCUGCUAUGCGUAUCAAGUUCCGCGAUGUGAGGGUCAAGAGGGGCGAUGUGUUGAAGAUCGUUGGAAAGCCUGAUGGUGUUGAGCCUGCCCCGUUGGACUAUGUUGCUUUCCUGCCGCAGGGAGUUGUGGACUAG